GGUCGCGGGGGGGGAGCUGAAGCCUAUCCCAGCAGUCAUUGGGCGGAAGGCAGGAUAAUACUUACCCAGAAAUGUAAAAAUUAUUUACAAGCUUUCAAAGAAACAACAUCACUGCUUGUCAAGUAGAUAUUUUAAAAUCAGCACACAGCAGUUAAAUGUAUAAGCUAAAAAAUAGCUCAAAUGGCUUCUUUACAAACACAGAAGAUCCUGCUAAAGCCGGAGUAGACAGAUAAAUCACUGUGAUCAGUCAGUUAUUCUGAGUUUUAGUAAACUCUUUUGAGGCAUGACUGAACUGAACAGUCUCUUUAGUCAUAGACAUGUUUACGAGUGAUAAGCUUAGCUUUGGUAUUGUACUGUACUUGUGAAUAUGUCCCAUGGCAAUUUAGAUACGUUAUUAACUGGAAAUCACAUAGCUACUCACUUUAAAGUAAAAUUUGUCAGAUUUUGUUAUUGGGAUAUGGUGGAUUUUUAGCUUAUGUCAUGAAAAGGCACCGGGAGCAGCAGUGGAGUGAAGCAAGCAAAGAGAAUUUUGUAUUCAUUUGGUAUUUAUUUGAAUAACGAUUUUUUUUUAGAAGAACUACAUGAACAAAACAGCCAACCAGUGAGGAACAGUGUAAAAGAACAGCAGAGAUUUUCCCAUGGACUUUUUCAAUAUGUAUUCUAAAUAUAUUCCCAAUACAUAUGUUACUUAAUACGUUUAGGACAGUGUAUUCAGUGUUCAGCCAUCACUACUUUUUCAUUAGUAUUUAAACAGGUAUUUUGCUCAACCCUCUCUGUAUAUAUAUAUAUAUAUAUAUAUGAAUAUACACAGUUGCUCAAACAACACUGUAAACACUGGUUUGUAAUUUCAACCUAAACCUUUUCGAUUCCCCUCGAAUAAACAUUUUGAAAAACUACAUUUCCUAUGUAGCAAUAGACCGCCUUAUGACGUAUAAGCCGUAGCGUGCGGACACGCACGUAGUGACGCUAUCACGUUCCGUGCGCCGUCUCUGUUCAGCUUGUUGAAGCGCGAUGGCGGCGAGCCGGGGAUCUUCUUCAUCUUCCAGGUGGUUCUUCACCCGGGAACAGCUAGAAACGACGCCGUCGAGACGAUGCGGAGUAGAACCGGACAGGGAGCUCUCUUACCGACAACAGGCGGCCAACCUCAUUCAGGACAUGGGGCAAAGGCUCAACGUCUCCCAGCUCACGAUAAAUACUGCAAUUGUUUACAUGCACAGAUUUUAUAUGUACCACUCUUUCACCAAAUUCCACAGAAAUAUCAUCUCUCCAACCACAUUAUUCCUGGCUGCAAAGGUUGAGGAGCAACCACGAAAACUUGAACAUGUCAUAAAAGUGGCACAUGCUUGUUUGAACCCUCAAGAGCCUCCUUUAGACACAAAGAGUAAUGCGUACCUCCAGCAAGCUCAAGAGCUGGUGAUACUUGAAACCAUAGUGCUGCAGACUUUAGGGUUUGAAAUUACUAUUGAACAUCCUCAUACUGAUGUUGUGAAAUGUUCCCAGCUAGUGCGAGCAAGCAAGGAUCUGGCACAGACUUCCUAUUUCAUGGCUACCAACAGCCUCCACCUCACCACCUUCUGUCUGCAGUACAAGCCCACAGUCAUUGCCUGUGUUUGCAUCCACCUGGCCUGCAAGUGGUCGAACUGGGAGAUUCCUGUGUCCACUGAUGGCAAACAUUGGUGGGAGUAUGUGGACAGCUCAGUCACACUUGAGUUACUAGAUGAAUUGACACAUGAGUUUCUGCAGAUUUUGGAGAAAACUCCUAGUCGGUUGAAGAGGAUUCGGAACUGGAGGGCAACGCAAGCUGCCAAGAAGCCCAAAGCAGAAGGCCAGUCAUCAGAGAGCGGCUCUUUUGCAGGCUGUUCCUUAACCCAAGACCAGUCUAUGGUAGACGCCAUUCCUGGAGUGUCUGCGAACGCAACUUUCCCCAAAGCCUCCACGUCAUUCCCUGUUGCUCUGCCUGGCAACCCAGGUGCUGCCCUUUCCUUGGAUUCUGUCGCCAACAUGCAGGGCACCUCCUAUACUUUCACAGCCCCAAGUGACUGGCCCCAGGACCAAGGGCGCCCAGACUCGUACUCUCUCAAACAGAUCCCUCUCCAUUCCUCGCUCCUGGGUCACCCGCACCGGCCUGACAAAAGCAUGGAGUUCAACCCAGUCAAACAGGAUCACAAGGCCAACAGUGGUGGGAAGCACCAAGCUCCUGUUUGCCCACCGCCUGCACCUCAGACACAGAAAAUGUCUCUGGAGAAAUACAAGGAGAAACACGCGGCAGAGCUGGCAGCGCAGAAACGUAGGCAAGAGCAGCAGCUGCAGCAACAGAGCACUGAGGUGGAAGGCAAGGAUUCAUAUACGGGCUCGGGUCAGGCUGAGCACCGCAAACACCCUCAGCCCCACCUUCAAGGGUCCAGCAGCAGCAGCUCCUCUACCGCCUCUCCUCUUAAAAUGAAACUGCCCUUGCCAGCCCAGGACAAACUCCAAGGUGACAAACGGGAGAAGGGAAGCUCGUUAAAGCUCCGCCUUCCGGUUCCUGCUCCUCCUACCGAGAAAGGCGGCGCGAGUAAAGAAGAGCUGAAGAUGAAGAUUAAAGUUUCAUCUGAACGGCACAGCUCCUCAGACGAGGGCGGUGGCAAGAGCAAACAUUCCAGUCCAGUGGUGAGCAAGGAGAAGCACCGGGACCACUCGGCCCACCGGCACCACCACCACAAGCAUGGCCACUCUCACAGCGGCAACAGUCGAAGCCCCCUGGCAGGCCUUGGCAGCGACGGGGCAAGCUCCGGCUCUUCGCGUAAGAGGACGCACGCCGACCCCAGCCAUAACCACCACUCCUCCAAAAAAAGCAAAAGCUCCAAGAGCGGUGCAGGUAGUUCCUCUCAUUGUUCCUCUGUACAGCAGUGUGUGUCGUCUCGCAGCUCUGUUCUUAACCUUGCCUUCCCCCCUCCUCCUCCUCCUCCUCCCCCUCCUGUCGCACACCAGGUGGGCUUCGGACAUCUCAGCAACCUAGUGAAACUGGACAAGAAGCCAGUGGAGAGCCACGGCCCUGAGGGUGCCGUUCGGGCCACUAGCGCUAAUGGCAUACACACAGACUAUAAAGACUCUUUCGAUAUGCUUGAUUCGCUGUUAAGUGCCCAAGGAAUGAACUUAUAGAGAAGGAAAAGGGGAUAAAGCAAAAAAUGAAGACCGAAUCUUAGGUAUUAUCCUUAAGAGGAAGGAAGAAAAUAUGAAUGUGAGUGAGAGUAAGAACUAAUAAUAAAAUGCUUCCCGAUCUUCUGAUCUCUUGGCAGUUCGGUUUAGUCCUGCCUAUUUCUUUAUGUGUAACUGCUGCUUUGUCCUCCAUAGUUUCAAAUGGAUCAUGAUGAGUGAGCGAGUGUGUGCGUGCAUGUGUGUGUGGGCGAGAGAGAUGGGGCCAUCCUAGUGCAAAUAAGUGUAUUCUUUAAUUCUCCACAGGAUAAAAAGUAUUACGAAUGCUGUAAAGCAUGAAAGGUGCAAUUUCUUUUUCUUCCCUCUCCCCUUUAUAAUUUAAGUGAUAUUUACUUAAGACACUGAAGAAAUGCUGUCCUCCUGGUCCUAACCUAACAUGUGCCCUGCGUUUUGUUUGGAUGUAAUAUUUUUUUUGGAUUAGGUGAGGAGGUGCUGAAAUGGGCAGUUGUGUUUUUUUUUGUUUUUUUUUGUCUACCUUUUUAUUUUUCUUUUAAUAACUUCGUGUACGUAUGAUGUGCAUGUUAUAACCAACAAAGGGAUGAAGUAGAAUGCUGUUUACAGAAAGUGGAGAUAAAUGUACAUACAUUUUUGUAUGUUAAAAGCUAUACCAUAAAUACUCAGGUUUGGAGCUGCUUGUAUUACUAUAUAUAUGACUAUAUAAAUAUAUUACCAGGUGGGAAAAUGACAUUCGUAAACCGCUACCAGAAUCAGUCAUUGGUGAUUCUAACUGCAGCAUUCCAGUGAUGUUUGAGAGCCUGUAUUCUGCAUGGCAGCCAGGAGAGGGCACAAUCCUACAUCAUCCUGGGCAAUCCAGACCCCACCAAUCACCUGGCAUGUUGUCAGAGGCCAUGCAAUUUGUACUAAUUAAUCUUUUUCUUUUCUUUUUUUUUUCUUUUUUCGACCUCCAAGAUGACCUUAAGCUGGACGCCAAAGGCUGUGCCUCAGAUAAGAAAAACAAACAUAAAAAAUGGACAAGUGUAGUACUAUGAAGUUUACAUAACUUUUGCUGUGAAGUGCAUUUAAAAAAAAUCUUGGCUUGAUGCUAUAGCCCACAUGUACAAAGUUGUAAAUCAAUAAUGGAUGUGUUGAAUCAUAAUUGUUGGAUAAGAGGCAACUAGAAUUUGUUCCAUCAGUGUUGAAUCAGUGGGUCUCAUUCUGUCUCACGUUCACAGGUCAGUGCACCAUCGUUGCAUCCUUUUUGUACAAGUGUCGCAUGCGAGUGACGGCCAACAAUCUAUGUACAGAGUUCUUUUACUCUUGGGCACAGAAUUGCAGCUGUUUAAAGCAAAACACCUAGUUUCUUUUGACCCCAUCUUCCUCUCAUUUCAUUUAGAGUCUAACAAUAAAUCCCAAGGUUUCCAUUACCUUAACUUUAA